AUGGCGUCGAUCCUCCGGCAAAUCGUUGCCGGCCCCCGGUUACAACAUCCUGAAGCUGGUCUAGACUUGUGCUAUGUGACUGAUAACAUCAUCGCAACCUCCGGUCCCUCUUCCAACUACCCGCAACGCGCCUACAGAAACCCCCUGGACGAGCUCGUCAAGUUCCUCGACUCGAAACAUGACUCCGACUGGUGUAUCUGGGAGUUUCGCGCUGAAGGCACCGGAUAUCCCGACUCAGAGGUCUACAACCGCAUCCAUCAUUACCCAUGGCCCGAUCACCAUCCGCCCCCGUUUGCGCUCAUUCCCGCCAUGACGGGCAGUAUGCGCAACUGGAUCCAUCGGCUCGAUGAGCCUGACACAAAAGAUGAGAAAGCUAAGAAGAAAGACAGAGUUGCUGUCGUUCAUUGCAAGGCCGGAAAAGGCCGUAGUGGCACUGUAGCCUGCAGCUACCUGAUUAGCCAGGAAGGGUGGAAGGCAGACGAUGCACUGCAGCGAUUUACCGAGCGGCGAAUGCGUGUCGGGUUCGGGGCUGGGGUGAGCAUCCCAAGUCAGCUGCGGUGGGUGGGAUACGUGGAUAAAUGGACGAACCAGAUGGGAAAGAAGUAUAUCGAGCGGCCGGUGGAGAUCCUCGAGGUGCAUGUGUGGGGACUGAGAGAUGGAGUCAAGGUCGCGGUAGAGGGAUUUGAGGACCAGGGGAAGAAGAUCAAGAAGUAUCAUCUCUUCCAUCGGAGUGAACGUACGGUAGUCGAUGAUGGGAAAUCGAAGACGAUGCCCUUAGACCCAGUCCCAAACGGACAUGCCGAUAACAACAACAAGAAACAACCCCAAUCCGCUGCGACAUUUCCACCCAGAACAGAAGACAGCCCUCACCCAUCCACCGAUUCACCCGCCAGAACAGACACUCCCCCAAAACACGUCUCCGCCAUCGUCUUCCGUCCCAAGUCCCCCAUCAGCGUCCCCACCUCCGACGUGAACAUCGACUUCGAACGACGCAGCAAGGCCGCCUACACCGGCUGGGCCAUGGUAACGUCCAUCGCGCACGUCUGGUUCAACGCCUACUUCGAAGGCGGCGACCAGCACGACUCAGGCGUCUUCGAAGCCGAAUGGGAGGCCCUCGACGGCAUCAAAGGCACAACACGCAAGGGCGUCAAAGCCUUAGACCGACUGAAAGUCGUCUGGCGAUACGCCAACCAACCAGGCACCUCCCACCCCGACACAGGAAGACCCAUUUCCGAGCCCAAGCCCGGUGAACCAAUUCCCGAAACUCAGCCACCGGACUGGCACAUUCAUGGCACUGGCUCCAACUCUGGUACUGACACCCCACGAGACCAGGAAGACGAGAACACACCUCCCCCACCUCCUUCUAAAGAGCUAGAAGCCGACAAGGACCUCGAAUCAGAACAAGACAGCAGCUCAACCAAACAUAAACAUAAAGACAAACAUACUACUAACGAGCACGAGCACGACCACCCCCUCCUCUCAGAACUCAGCACCGCUGCCGCCUCCGCCGUGUCUUCAAUACCAGGAAUAGGCAAGCAGCUAGGUCUGCGCAAGCAAACCGACGAAAGCAAAGACGUUAGUCUUGCGGGCAGUAGCGAGGACGAGUCGGGGAGAAGUUCAGCUGCGCCUUCGCAGGCGAAGAAAGAUACAAAGAAAGAGUGGUCGUCUGUUGACGAGGGUAAAUAG